UUUUAAUUAAAAUAUUCCAAAGGAUAAAUAACUAAAUUCAAUGACAACACGAUUCAGUGACUGUCUAUAAUAUCAGUCUAUCUUUUAUUUGUCUAUGGGUAACACAAAAUCUUGAAACUAGUAAACAAAUAAAUAAAUAAACAAAGUUGUAUUUUCACCUAUAAACAACAAAUUUAAUUUGUUCGUUGCUGUGAGACCCGUUGAUACUUUUGUAACGGUGGUGCAUAAUCUCCUACGUCCUUGUCUAUGGUUCAGUUUGAAAAGCCGGUAACGGGAACAACGUGCAUAAGUUUGGUUAUAUAGGUUAUAUCUAAAGCUGUCCGAAAAACAAAAUGGGUAAACAUAAGAAGAAAUUGAGGGAGGAAAAGUCGAAGGUAAAGUUGAAGACGAGUGCCAAGACGAAAUUUUUACCGAAGGGACAAAAUGUAACAGACACAACUUUCAAAGUGAAGGCGAUUGUACUGCCCGAGCAGUUAAAGUCGAAAAACAAAGACAUUCCCUUGAGUAAGAGAAGUUUGGAUAUCAAAGAUUUGGUUGUCCGAUUGAAGCACUACAAUGAGAACGUGAGACACAGUGCAUGUGAGGAAAUCACUGACAUGCUCAAGCAUUUCCGUGAUGAGAUGAUACAAAAUCAUUUAUCUGUUCUGGUAAAGAAUGUUACGACGCUAGUUCAAGAUAAGUGUGGAAAAGUUCGGGCUGCAUCUGUGGCAGUUAUUGACAAGCUUCUGGAAUAUGCAACAGCGGAAAAGAUUGAACCAUUCUUCAGUUUCAUAUUGGUCAACUUGAGAUGUGCCAUGACCAAUAUAAACAAAACAAUUCAGGAGGACUCGCUCAUGUUGCUCGAUGCUCUUUUAAAACAUGUAUCCAAUUUGGUCGCCAGAAAUCCCGAAAAAGUGCUGACUGAUUUUUUCACAUUGAUUUCAAAACUGAGGAGUGAUUCGCAGGUCGACAGGACUUUGACCGUCAAUUUGAACAGCAAAAUGACCAGUGUCAGCUGGAGGUUGAAAGUUUUAAGCAGACUUUAUCAAAUACUGAAAGCCAUUAUGUCACAACAGGAAGAGAAUGGUUGUAAUUGUAUUCAUUACAAUUUUAAUCAAACAACUCAUGCCCUUUAUAACACCAAUCUUAAUGACAAACUGGAAAAAUGUGAUCUUGACUUUUUGAAUAAUAAUACCACGGAUGUGGAAAGUGGCAAUGUUAAACAAUUAAAUAAACACAUUAUGUCUUUAAUGCCACUUUUGUACGAAACUUGGAUUGAAGUUGUUCCUGAUAAAGGUUUUAAAACUGAAAACACCAUACUAAAUGAGGAGGCAGCAGCAAUGUUGUCCUGCGUCAUGAAAAUUGCAUAUUUGUUGUUCGAGUACACCAAAAUAAAUUACUAUGAGAAAAAUUUACAUGUGAGCGACGUAUUUUUAUCGAUUGAAGGUAAAAAAUUCCUUAAGCACUUGGUGAGUAAUUUCCCGUACAGCCAAGGCGAGAAAAUCAAACAGAAACAAAAAUCAAAGAGUGUUUUGUCUAUCCUUGAAAGUAAUGACGAUCCCAAAUGUGUCGAGCAAAAUUUGUUAAUUUGUUACAUCUAUUCGAUUCUUUACAUUCACACUGGUACUAAGAAUUCUAAAAUUCACAACAUCGUCAUGUAUAUAACAAAAGUUUUGCUGUCUAGCGGUUUUAUCAAUGGAUCCAAUAUUAAGUACCUGGUACUAAUUUUAAGAUCAAUUCUACUUGAGGACACUAAGUUGUGGGAAAGAAAUAAUGUAGCUAUUGAAAGUAUUUUGGAGCAUACUAUAACAUUUUACAAAAAUUCUAGACUACUGGAAAGUACAAAGUUAGAUAUAUUUGCUAUUUUAGUUGAUGUGUCUGAAAAUAACUUAGUUAAAAGUACUGAAAAUUAUGAUAAGUGGAUUCAAAACACCGUCAACUGUCUAUGGCAGCCUGAAAUUUCAGCCAAAAAAGUGAAACUGCUCCUUACAAUGGCUAAACGUGGCAAUACAGCAUUCUUGGAGAGUUUCUAUGAUCAUUGGAUGGAUGUUUUGGGUAAUAUACACAAAAUAAAAAUAUUAGAUUGCGAAGAUGAGGAGCUAAUUAAGAUGGAUAUAUUAAAAAUAUUUUAUUAUUUGCUCCAAGAACCCAUGAAACCAGAUUCUUUGUCAUAUUCCAAACAGAAUGCUCAUUUGAUGGAUUACUUAAAAAUGAUGCUGAAUUUAAGGGCUAGUGCAAGACAAGCUGCCAACUAGUUUUUUUUUAAGUUUUUAAGUUCAGUAUUUAUUUUGUUUUUCAAUGUUUUUAUAAAAAUAAAUGUUGUUUAUUUUUUGUAAUAAAGUCUUACGUUUGUUGGAUUAUCAAAUACGAAGUAUUUUAAUGUUUUUUAUAAUUAAAACUAGUUUAUUUUUCGUAAUAAACUGUUGUUCAAUAAAAUAUCAAAUACGACCAUAUGUAUUAUUGUAUAAUACAUAAAUAUAAGAUCUCGUUAAUUUUUUUAUAAUGUGUUGUUUAUUUAAUGUUUAAUAAAAUAUUAUAUACUCUC